AUGGCGGAGGGCGGCAGCGGCCCGCGUCGGAAGGCUCUGGCGCUGCUAGAAGCGGCGCGCUCGCGCUACGAGAGCCUGCAGAUCUCGGACGACGUGUUUGGCGAGUCCGGCCCGGACAGCAGCGGUAACCCAUUCUAUAGCACUUCGGCCGACUCGCACUCCUCCUCCGCCGCCUCCUCGGACGACGAGGACGAGACGACCGGCCCCGCGCCCACCUCGGCCGCCGCGCAGCGCCCGCCACCUCACCGGGCCCCGGAGGCAGAGUUGCAAGACGACGAGGACAGCGGGGGCUGGAGCCCGGCGCUGCGGGAUCCCGCAACCCCGCGCUGCGAAGAGAGUGGCGGUCCAACCCGAAAGAUGCCCCCUGAUGCCAGUGCCAUGGACUUCUUCCAGCUCUUUGUACCUGACAAUGUUCUCAAGAACAUGGUGGUGCAGACAAACAUGUAUGCCAAGAAGUACCAGGAGCGGUUUGGAAGCGACGGGGCCUGGGUAGAAGUGAGCCUGGCGGAGAUGAAAGCUUUCUUGGGGUACAUGAUCUCCACCAGCAUCUACCACUGUGAGUCUGUCCUUAGCAUCUGGAGCGGUGGCUUCUACAGCAACAGGAGCAUAGCCCUGGUUAUGAGCCAGGCCCGCUUUGAGAAGAUACUCAAGUACUUCCACGUCGUGGCUUUCCGCUCCAGCCAGACCACGCAUGGUCUCUACAAGGUCCAGCCCUUCCUCGACUCCUUGCAGAAUGGCUUUGACUCUGCCUUCAGGCCUUCCCAAACCCAGGUGCUACAUGAACCCCUGAUUGAUGAAGACCCAGUAUUCAUUGCCACAUGUACAGAGCGGGAGCUGCGGAAGAGGAAAAAGCGGAAAUUCAGUCUCUGGGUCCGGCAGUGCUCCUCGACGGGCUUCAUCAUCCAGAUAUACGUCCACCUGAAGGAAGGUGGGGGCCCAGAUGGAUUGGAUGCUCUGAAGAAUAAGCCCCAACUCCAUAGCCUGGUUGCCAAGAGCCUUUGCCGCAAUGCAGCCGGCAAGAACUACAUCAUCUUCACGGGGCCCAGUAUCACCAGCCUGACCCUUUUUGAAGAGUUUGAAAAGCAAGAGAUUUACUGCUGUGGCCUGCUUAGCUCCAGAAAAAGUGACUGCACAGGCCUGCCUCUGUCCAUGCUGGCCAACCCAGCCACUCCUCAGUCCCGAGGACAGUACCGAAUCAAGAUGAAAGGGAAUAUGUCUCUGAUCUGCUGGUAUAACAAGGGGCACUUCCGCUUCCUGACCAAUGCCUACUCUCCAGUCCAGCAAGGGGUGAUCAUCAAGAGGAAGAGUGGAGAGAUCCCUUGCCCUUUGGCUGUGGAGGCCUUUGCUGCUCACCUGAGCUACAUUUGCAAAUAUGAUGACAAAUACAGCAAGUAUUUCAUUUCCCAUAAACCAAACAAGACCUGGCAGCAGGUGUUCUGGUUUGCCAUCAGCAUCGCCAUCAACAAUGCCUACAUCCUGUACAAAAUGUCUGAUGCCUACCAUGUAAAGAGGUACAGCCGGGCCCAAUUUGGGGAGAGACUGGUCAGAGAGCUGCUGGGCUUGGAGGACACCUCACCAUCCCACUGA